AUGGAUGAAGGAGAUACUGUCCAUAUAAUAUUCAAAGUUGUCCAGCAAGAUAAUAGAACGAAGUACGACACAUACAAACGCGAAAAUAUAUCAAUUUUUGAUAAGGAGGAGCUCUCAAAACCCGUAGAUGCAAAUUCAUUCCGUCUUGGUUACAUUGUCGGCAAAAACCAACGACUAACAAUCAGCAACAGUUCGAACCUCGACGAGGUAUAUUCGUUAUCAAAGGAUGGUUGGAUAGUUUUAUGGGCAGAACCUAUUACUAAAAAGAAAGGCAAAGGAUCGACAUCAAGGGUCACAAAACGAACGUGUUCUCGUGCUUUUCCAGAUGAUUGCAGCGAUCAAGGUAUACACGUGUGUUUGAGGACAUCUAUAAAUUAUGUUAUCAUUGACAUUGUUCACAUUAUUAUAGUCUGCUCAUCUUUAUUUCUUAAUUACCUUUUGCUGAUGAACAUUCGCGCGAUCGGCUGAAGUAAAACUCGAUUUAUUAGCAAAAACUUAUAUACCUGUUUACUUAUAAAAAACUCUUGUAUUGAUUGAUUGAACCAGUAUAUAACCAUUACUAUAAUUGCCCAUGCAUGCAGUAUAUUAUAUAUAUAGUUAUACUUUGCCAAUGAACGUCGCCUGCAUGUCACUAUUUUAGCACGGCUAUAUAAUGUUUACUUUUGUGUUUCUUUUCAAGGUUAACGGGACACACACAAGCGUGGAUAUGCCACCUUAAAGCAAACCAUACUCCUCCUCCAAAAGCAACGGAAACACACUCUGUACCAACAAGUGGAUCUUUAGAAGGAGUUGAACAUAGUAAUCAGCACGGAAAAAAGGUGUGCGUAUGGUGAAUUAAUCUUAUGAUCAUGUCUUUACAAAUUACAACCACAAUUAUAGUCAUUAUAAUGGAAACCAUGCAUAGGUGUACUCGAGAAUACAAGUGAAGAUUCGAACAGAAAAGGCAGACCGUCCUUUGCUUAAGGUCAUGUUUGCACUAUAUAUUUUAUUCCAAUCAGCUAUAUGCCUAUGUUUUCCAAUAAAGCGGCGAAACCGGUGUGUGAAACAGACCGUGAAUAAUAUAUUUAUAUGUUAAUCAUUUUACAGUUACGAAUACGUUCAGGGAUUAUCCAACAACUAAAAGACCUGAAAGAGUUGGAAGAAACUGGGGUACUGACGGCAGAACAGUUCAAAGAACAAAAAGAAACUCUUUUAAAAGAAAUGUCAAAUCUUUAA